CUCUGCGCUUGGGAGAUCAACAAUCAAAUAGCGGUCUCACUUUCAAUCUGCCCAAAACGGGGUCACAUAAGACACUUAAACUGACCGUGCCAUGGACCAGGAUUAUGAGAGGCGGCUCCUCCGACAAAUCAAUAUCCAGAAUGACAACGCCAGCCCCAUUAAAGUGACGGAGGUUGUACGCGCGCUGACGCCAACAAACUCGCCCCUGUCCUCGCCGAGUAAACACGGAGAUCGAUUCAUCCCUUCGCGUGCCGGAGCCAAUUGGAGCGUCAACUUCCACCGCAUAAACGAGAAUGAAAAGUCACACAAUCAAAACAAGAAAACAAAAGACGGCACAUCAGACAGCAGCAAAGCAGACGGCCUGGCGUACUGCGCCCUGCUGAAGAAUGAGCUCCUGGGUGCGGGCAUCGAGAAGGUGCAGGACCCUCAAACGGAGGACCGGCGCCUGCUGCCCUCCACGCCCGAGAAGAGGAGCCUGUUCAGCUAUUCUCUAAGUGCCAAGCGGUCGCUCCCAGAUGACGGCAACAACGUCUCCCCAUACUCACUCUCACCUGUCAGCAGCAACAGUCAGAAGCUGCUGCGAUCACCACGGAAACCCAUGCGCAAGAUCUCGAAGAUCCCCUUUAAGGUGCUGGAUGCCCCCGAGCUGCAGGAUGACUUUUACCUCAACCUGGUGGACUGGUCCUCCCUGAACGUGCUCAGCGUCGGCCUAGGCACCUGCGUGUACCUGUGGAGUGCCUGCACGAGCCAGGUGACACGGUUGUGCGACUUGUCAGUAGAGGGCGAUUCUGUGACAUCUGUGGGCUGGUCAGAAAGAGGGAAUUUGGUGGCGGUGGGCACACAUAAGGGCUUCGUGCAGAUUUGGGAUGCAGCCGCCGGGAAGAAGCUUUCCGUGCUGGAAGGCCACACGGCGCGAGUGGGCGCACUGGCCUGGAAUGUGGACCAGCUGUCGUCAGGCAGCAGGGACAGGCUCAUCCUGCAGCGGGACAUCCGCGCCCCGCCUCUCCAGGCCGAGCGCCGGCUCCAGGGCCACCGGCAGGAGGUGUGCGGCCUGAAGUGGAGCACCGACCACCAGCUCCUCGCGUCCGGUGGCAAUGACAAUAAGCUGCUGGUGUGGAACCACUCGAGCGUGCUGCCCAUGCAGCAGUACACGGAGCACCUGGCGGCGGUGAAGGCCAUCGCCUGGUCGCCCCACCAGCACGGCCUGCUGGCGUCGGGCGGGGGGACGGCCGACCGCUGCAUCCGUUUCUGGAACACGCUCACGGGGCAGCCGCUGCAGUGCACAGACACAGGCUCGCAGGUCUGCAACCUGGCCUGGUCCAAGCACACCAACGAACUGGUCAGCACCCACGGUUACUCUCAGAAUCAGAUCCUGGUGUGGAAGUAUCCUUCGCUCACCCAGGUUGCCAAGCUUACAGGACAUUCCUACAGAGUCCUGUACCUGGCCAUGUCACCUGACGGUGAGGCUAUUGUGACGGGAGCAGGAGACGAGACGCUGCGCUUCUGGAACGUCUUUAGCAAAACCAGAUCCACCAAGGAAUCUAUAUCGGUUUUAAACCUGUUUACAAGGAUCCGGUAAUAUUUGUUUACCAGUGUGUGCAAGCGCUAGCUAUCAUUUGGGACUACAGUGGGGAUAAACACUGAUCACCAUGACAACCUUUGUGACUGAUGGACACCAUGAGACCACUUUACACGCUGCUGUUUGGGACAGAACACGGCAUCGUGGGAGGUGUCCCCUUAAGAGUUUUACUUUGAUGAGGGAACGGGUGCAUUACUGCCAAAUUGAAUGCUUUCCUUGCAAAUGGUUGGUUUUGUUGGUUUGUUUGUUUCCUUGUGCUUUUGUGCUUUUUGCCAGCUCAGUGUAGAAUCUGUUUUGGUUCUGACGAUUCAUGCCACUUCAUUUGUUUUGUGGGUAACAAGCUUUCUGACCUUUUGCCUUAAAUGCAAUGAGUUAAGCACAUGGGGUUAAUGUACCUUCUUAGCUAGGUUUUCUUAUUUUAAUGAGUAUUUAUUUCAACCCCUACUUUAGACCCCUACUUUUAUAACUUAGCUUGUUUAUGCUGAAAGAUCAGAGCAGAUAUCUAAUUUUCUUGAAAUAUCAGUCAAAUAUUCUAAAUUGCCUUUGAAGUUUGUUUAUUUCAUUUUAAGGUUAUGAAUUGGUUGACAUGAUGGCAGAAAUUAUUUUUUAAUUGUUUUUCUAAUCAUCAGGUUGAGCACAUUUUCAAAAGUGUCAUUUUCUUUCCCCCAUUAUGUCUUUUUGAACGCAUAGAAUAUAGCACAGUGUAUUUUAAAUCACCUGAGAACCAGUAAAACCAUAGUUCAGCAAGCUAAUUUUCUGUGGUAUGAAACAUUUUCACCUUGGCACUUGUUUUAUUCCAAGCUAUUGUUUGAACGUUGCGGAAAAUUAUUUUAUUUGCAUUUUCUUUUCUUUUCUUUCUUUCUUUCCUUUUAAAUGUAAAUCAGGUUCAUUUCUUCCUCUUGUUAUACUGAGUCUGAAUGAUGUGGGUCAUUGUGGAUGGAUGGAUGGAUGGAUGGAUGGUAUUUAUUUAAUCUGUGAGGAUAUUUUGUGUAUGGUGAAAGAUGAAUACUUGCCAUUAACUACCAUUUCAAACAAGUCCACGAUGGUUGCCAUAGUGGAACAGCUUAAAGAAUGUUGUAAGGACAAAAUAUGGUUUUCUUACCAAGCCGAGUGAAUAAAAGUGUGUUCUAUGCUGCGUCUGUGUGCAAGCUAGAUCUGAACCUCUUUAAUGGGGGCCUUGGAGGAAUUCUAAUUUAUGUAGUGCCAUGGAAUAUUGUUGCUCUUGACGAUGCAGAACACCUUUUGUGCGUGCUUGUGUGUUCACAUGUGGUAAAUGCCAAGAUUCUCAGGCAGAGUAACAUUGCAAAGGCAGGUUUAUGGACAGCAGCUAUGUCUUUAAUGAUGGCUCAGAGGGAGUUGAAAUGCACACUAAUAUACCAAAGUGUGACACGUCUUGCCACGUGUGACAUUUCUCCUUUUGCAGUCAUAAUUGCAAUGAAGCAUAAGGGAAGUGGCUGCUUACUUUUGUUUAUUUGGGCAAACUGAGAAUGACACAAGCUCAUGGAAAGUAUGGUACAUUUAUUUAAAUAUUAAGAAGCACAAUCUGAGUAUGAGUAGGAUUUUGUGUGUGUGUGUGUGUGUGUGAUAUGAUGUGUUGUGAUACCACAAGGGAAAUAUUAUAUAAAUUCUUUCUGAUUACAGCCAACAAUCAUUUGAAUAAGAAGGUAUUUGAAACAGCACUUUAGAAUGGAUGAUUUAAUUUGCUUGUAUAUUAAA